AGAGAGAGAGAGAGAGUGAGAGUAUCGUACCAGUGAGUCAGUGUGUCUGGCUUCACGCCUCCGGAACAGAAAACACAGCGCCGUCACUGGUGCUAAACAAACCGGAGCUAUAACGUGAGCUGCAGAAUCCGUCUGUUCAGCUAGCAGACUUUCUGCGGGAAACUCAACAGCUCCGAAUUACCUAGUUGGUAUCAACUUCCUAUAACCUUUUUAUUACCCUAUAGUGGAGAAAAACAACACCUGAAAGGACAAUCACCCACACAGAGAGACGGAGACGGAGGAAAUGGCCACAGCAACAGUGGCUGAAGCCGAGCCGACAUCCACCGAUGCAGCUAACGUUUUAUUAGAUGCUCACGGCUCGGGCUGGACUGACGACCAGCUUCGCAAAUACCCGUUUCAAACAAAACAAAUCCCACGACUUUCUCAUACAGACCCCAGAGCAGAGAUCCUAAUCAACAAUGAGGAACCUGUGGUGUUAACAGAUACCAACUUAGUAUAUCCAGCACUCAAGUGGGACAUCAAUUACUUGCAAGAGAACAUUGGCAAUGGGGACUUUUCUGUGUACAUUGCUGAAAACCACAAAUUCUUGUAUUAUGAUGAGAAGAAAAUGUCAAACUUUGAGAACUUUGUGCCAAAGUCACGCAGAAUAGAGAUGAAGUUUACUGAGUUUGUAGAAAAGAUGCAUCAAAUGGAGGAGCUGAAUGGAAAACAGAGAGUAUACUUGCAGCAAACCCUGAAUGACACAGUCGGGCGGAAAAUUGUCGUGGAUUUUCUGGGAUUUAAUUGGAACUGGAUCAACAAACAACAAACCAAACGAAACUGGGGGCAGCUAACAUCAAAUCUGCUGCUCAUAGGCAUGGAAGGCAACGUGACACCAGCACAUUAUGAUGAGCAGCAGAAUUUCUUUGCACAAAUCAAAGGUUACAAGAGAUGCAUCCUUUUCCCACCAGACCAGUUUGAAUGUCUCUACCCUUACCCUGUUCAUCAUCCAUGUGACCGGCAGAGCCAGGUCGAUUUUGAAAACCCUGAUUUUGAAAGGUUUCCUAAAUUUAAAAAUGCCUUUGGAUAUGAGGCUGUUGUUGGUCCAGGUGAUGUGCUGUACAUUCCUAUGUACUGGUGGCAUCACAUUGAGUCCUUGUUAAAUGGAGGAGAAACCAUCACUGUCAACUUCUGGUACAAGGGUGCACCCACUCCAAAGAGGAUAGAAUACCCACUGAAGGCCCAUCAGAAGGUGGCCAUUAUGAGAAACAUUGAAAAGAUGUUAGGAGAAGCCUUGGGGGACCCACAUGAGGUUGGUCCACUGCUGAACAUGAUGAUCAAGGGGAGAUACGAGCAGGGUCUGAGUUAAUCGGCAGUUUACCUCCAGCGUGCUGUAUGUAAUAGAGCAUAGGGAUGUGGAUGGAUUUGUACUUGUCUCUACAUUCAGAUUGUUCAAUUAACUGCAUGACAGCAUUUUAGCUGCAAUCAUUUCAGUCUGCUUUGAAUAUCUCCAUCCGCUAAAGGACGGUACCACUAGAGAAGAUUGAUUUGAUUUCGAGUCCUCAUAACAGUUGAUAUAUAUAUUGAUUAGUUGUACGACGCAGUGUGGGAGAAAAUAAACUUUCGGAGCACACGCCUCUGCAAUAGCACCUGUUUUUCGUUGUUCGUUACCUUGCCGGAUUAGAUGACUGUCAAUUUUAAGAGUGCUUCCAGCAAGCCCAAGUUGUGUUGCUAGCAACUUUUUACUUUAAACUGUAAUUUAUGUAGGUUAUAAAGUUUUUGAAUUUUGAAACCAGUUCUUUAGCUCUUUAAUCCCCCAAAAACACCUUAGAAAAGUGUAGUGUACAGAGUCACAGUAGUGACAUGCAGGAAGCAUUGUUUUAAACCUCUGAAGGAAUCAGACUGUUGAUAGGAUUUAAAAAAAAAUAUGUUUUGAUAAUUGCUACAAUUUUUUGAUCUUUCUGUGCACAUUGUCAUUUGUUUGUUUGACACUUUGCAUUGGUUUUACACAUGGUACAAUUAUUAAAUGCUUCUUUUACGAUGUUUUAAGACUUUUAAGUCUUUGUGUGAAUUGAAUAAAAAUAUGUAUUUUACUGUAAGAAAGUAAUCUGUCCCACAUAGGAAUGAUGCUUCUUUAUAUAAUGACACUGAAUCUGAAAGUCAACCCCCUUUUCCUGAGGCUACUUCAGCAUUAUUAAAAGAAUUAUACAAAUAACUAAAAUCUUAAAUAUCCUGCUUAUUUAUUAAUUGAGAUCUGAAUAACUAACUGAAUAACUUUCCAGAUUAGACUGAUUUGCACUUGGGCUGUUUUUGUAAUGUCUUUUUUUUUUGUUCUGUUCUGAUUAUCUUCAGUAGCAGAAUGUUUAUGCUGAUUUUAAUCACACAUCUCUGGACACAAAAGAUCUAAAAAGAUCUUGUCUUGUUCUAAAGUGAUUAUUGCAAAGAAUUGAAUUAUUUUGUGGGUUUUUGAAAUUGUUAGACUUUGCAUACUUGGUUUUGUAUACGCUCACUGUGUAUCUGCUGUGUGCCAAAUUGAUUUCCCUGUGAUUGCACGCAAAGCUAAAUGUGUCCACCACAAGUGUCUCAGCUUUUUUUUUUUGGUGUAGUUCUUGUUGAUAACAUAUCGAUGGCUUGACUGUACUUUGAAUUGGAAGACAUGGUUAGAAUAGCUACAGUAGUGCUUUUUACUUCACUUUUUAUUUGGAUAGCACUUAUUCAGUUGGAGUAUUAUCACUUAAAAUGUCUGGGUAAUUGUCACUGGACAUAGAAAGCACUGGAUUUUGAAAUGUCAACCUCUCUGGUAGACAAAUGCUAUUCCAGGCUCAUCCCGGCUGUACAGUCUGUAAACUGGGCCGUACUGCACUAUAAACACAGGUUAAUAUCACAGCUGUGAAUGCACACAUUUAGAUAGAACUCUAGGCUCUGUUCCAAACAGCACACUCAUGCCUACUAUGAAGUAUGCUUAAUAGUAACAACACCUAUUGUGUAGAGGUAGGUUUUAAGCCCAAAAUGCCUCCAGUUGUGAUUGCUCAGUAUUACAGAAGUAUAAUGAGAGGAAAGUGUUUUUUGCACAUCAGUGUUAAUGAUGUCACUGUUGCUGAGAGUGACAGUAAAGAGCAAAAUCUCAGCAAUAGCUUGCAUUUUAGCAGCUACCAGCCAUUUAGUACAGAUUUCUUGAUCAAGCAGCCGUGUCUGUGUAUCGCCGGCCUGCCAUCCUGUAUCUGUGCUCAUUCUGUGGUGUAAACAUUACAUAUCUCACGGAAUGGAUUAGUCUCCUAUCAUUUUAUCUCCCGUGUAUCUUGUUCUUUUGCCUGUAUAAAACAUUUGAAAAUGAACCAGUGUUAGCAAGCUGAAUAUAAACCUAAUAAAAAGCGUAGCAUUGGAGUUGAAGUGAUGUUUGGAGUAUCCAAACGAAAUAUUACAGGGUUGUCAGAGAUUUCGUUCAAUUUAAAUCUUAAUUGCCAUAUAGAAUUGCAAUUAUUUCCCAUGUACAUAAAAAUAUAAAUAAGAGUAAUUUUUUUUGCAGCUUUCACCUUCAAAUAUCUGCAAACCUGCUAUUGAUUCCCUGGUAGCUUGUUUCUGAUAAUCCUUUCCUUGGAUUACUUCUCAGAUUUGUAUAAUGUUUAGCUUUAUAUUUGUAAGAAAUCUUAUCAGUAUGUAGGGUACCAUCAUUUUUGGUGACGGAAACCAAAGCUACAGUAUAGUCUCCUUUACAAAUAUUUUACAAUGCUCGAUUUUCUUCUUCUAGAAAUAAAGCCUUACCCGUUACUCGCCUUUAAGUUGUGUGAAUAUUUAAUGAGUUGAGUAAUAUUAUUAUAUGCAACAAAAAAAGUCAUUAUUUACUUUCACAUAGGUACAGUUGAUUACUGAGAUACGAAGCCUGUGGUGCUAACAAAUGUUCCCCUUCAUUAACAUGAAUGAGAGGCUGUGUGCUGCAUUGACCGUUCAUCCUUAGCUUAAAUUAGGCCACUAGUUUUGUUUACGUUUUAACUUUUCUGGUUUCGGCCACAUCUACUUCAAGUUUCAAUGCAAAAACAGAUAAUGGUGUGGCAUUACAUCUCACUGCUUCUGAGAGAGGAAUUUGUCCGUCAUCUGUGUAAUCCAGGGCUUUGCUAUGCAGACCAGCCUCUGGAUCAGGCUCACUCUUUAUUUCUGAUGUUGUAACAAGAGAUGACAGCAACACAAUAAAUUCUUUAUAUGACAGACUGUUGUGGCUGUAUUUCUGUAAAAUACCCCACAUUCUGCAUUAAAGCAGUGGUUAAAACUGGAA